GUCAAGGUUUGUUCUAGACCAGACUACUACACGAUCGGCGCACUUCGCUGAUAAAGCCUAUCUUUUGUCCAAAACUUUGGAAUUGACUCGUACAUUGACUUACUUUUAUCGGCCGCGUGGUGAUCGGUCCAUCCAAUCCCGCGAGCGCCUUGUGUUCUUUUUUGAACUUAUUUUGCAGGUUUGAAUGAUGAGAAGGCAAGGGCUCAUACACUCGAGCUCGGCCUCAUCCACUCGAGCUCGGCCUCAUCCACUCGAGCUCGCCCUCAUCCACUCGAGCUCGGCCUCAUCAACUCGAGCUCGGCCUCAUCCACUCGAGCUCGGCCUCGUCAACUCGAGCUCGGCCUCGUCAACUCGAGUUCGGCCUCAUCCACUCGAGCUCGGCCUCAUCCACUUGAGCUCAGCCUCAUCCACUCGAGCUCGGCCUCGUCAACUCGAGCUCGGCCUCAUCCACUCGAGCUCGGCCUCAUCCACGUCAACUCGGCCUCAUCAACGCGAGCUCGGCCUCAUCAACUCGAGCUCGGCCACAUCAACUCAAGCUCGGCCUCGGCCAUCUCGUGAAGGGGCCAAAGACUCCCAACGGAGCCGAGCAUGGACACUACUCCCCUUUGCCUCGGAAUUCUUCUUCGGCUUAGGGAGUGGGGGACUCCGGGUGCUCGGCUCGUGAUUGUUACAUCUCACAUCUGGAGAGGUUGGCGACCGACAUCCUGACCUUGUAUCAGACCGCAGUAGUCCGUUUUGG